AUGGACGUAAUGGGGAGCAGAGCAACCAACCCCAUGGCCGCCGCAGUCCCCGUCCCCGCCAAGAUCGACACCACGGGCGUCGAUGACUCGCACGACCUCUCCCCGACCUCGCCCGUCGACCGGCAGCGCAUGGAGCACAUGAUGGCCAAUCGCCCUGGAGCGGAUGAGCUUCAGAACAAGAACAUUCUCAAGGGCCAUCCCACUGACGCGCUCGCUGCCAAGCGCAGCGACCUCGAACGUUCAAUGCGCACCAAUCGUCUCCACAGGGACAUUGAGAACCGUCCAUCCGCCGACGAGCUCGUCAAGAAGGGUGUCCUCCACGCCGACCAGCUCUCGCCCCAUCAGUAG